CCGUCAGCAGGCACAGCCAAAGAAAGAAGGCAGGCACACACAGAGGCGGCUAUCCCCGCCCUCCCUCACCGACCACGCCCGCGCCUUCCUUGACUUCCACCACACUUUUGAGGCACACACCUGCUUUGCUCAUCCUCUCUCUGCCUUCUCUCUUCACACAUCUUUCCCGCUCGUUCGUCGUGACGACUUCUCCUCCACCACCACGCUGUCAGCGCUACCGACUUCGAAAUCAACACCUGUCCCAGUGUAACGAAAUCCUCGUCAGAGGUCAAUUCACAGACAUGACGACCAUGGAUCUACGAGUAGGCAAUAAAUACCGCAUCGGUCGGAAAAUCGGGAGCGGAAGUUUCGGCGAUAUCUACCUAGGCACAAACAUCAUCUCAGGCGAAGAGAUUGCAAUCAAACUCGAGAGCGUCAAGGCUAAGCACCCACAACUGGAAUAUGAGGCACGCGUCUACAAAUCACUCGCGGGUGGUGUCGGCAUUCCAUUUGUACGAUGGUUCGGCACAGAGUGUGACUACAACGCCAUGGUCCUGGAUCUCCUAGGACCUUCCCUCGAGGAUCUCUUCAACUUCUGCAACCGAAAGUUCUCGCUCAAGACUGUUCUGCUGCUGGCCGAUCAGCUCAUCUCCCGAAUCGAGUACAUCCACGCCAAAUCUUUCAUCCACCGUGAUAUCAAGCCGGAUAACUUCUUGAUGGGGAUUGGAAAGCGUGGAAACCAGGUCAACGUGAUCGAUUUCGGUCUUGCCAAGAAGUACCGCGACCCCAAGACUCACUUCCACAUCCCAUACCGUGAGAACAAGAACUUGACUGGCACUGCCCGUUACGCCUCCAUCAACACCCAUUUGGGUGUCGAGCAAUCUCGUCGUGAUGACAUGGAAUCCCUCGGAUAUGUCAUGCUCUACUUCUGCCGUGGUUCACUUCCAUGGCAGGGUCUUAAGGCGGCCACCAAGAAGCAGAAGUACGACCGCAUCAUGGAGAAGAAGAUGACCACUCCCACCGAGGUUCUCUGCCGUGGCUUCCCCAACGAGUUCGCCAUCUACCUCAACUACACCCGCAGCCUCCGCUUCGACGACAAGCCGGACUACUCCUACCUCCGCAAGAUCUUCCGUGAUCUGUUCGUCCGCGAGGGGUUCCAGUACGACUAUGUCUUCGACUGGACCGUGUACAAGUACCAGAAGAACGCCCAGGCCAUCGCCCAGGCUCAAGGUGCUCAACAGGCCGCCGAGGACCCCGAGGACAAGAACGCCCGCAACCGCAGCGCCCAGGCCACUGGCGGCCAGACUGCCGCCACCGGUGGACUCUCCAAGGAUCGUCGCGGCGCCGUUAACCCGAGAGCUGAGGGCACGGGAAUGUGAGCAACUCCGUUCAAGCAAACGCGGCGGUGCCGAUCAACAAUACACCUCCUACUGAAUGAGUGCAUGCAAUCACGGCGGGGUCGCCAAUUAUCAUUAUCAUCAUUCAUGC